GCUAAACUCCUCGCGAUUAGACCUUCCCGUGCACGUUCCUAUCUUACGUCCGUGAUGGCGGCUGUACCUGAUAUGUCGCACCUCACCCCCGAGGAGAGGAGCACCAUCGAGGAGGUUAUGAUCAGGCAGAAACAGGAGGAGGAGAAGGAAAAUGAGAUUAUGAGACGAAAACAGGACGAGGUGAAGAUCCUCGAGGAAAGGAUACGGGCCUGUUCGGAGAAACACAAGAAAGCGGGAGUGGAGUUGCACGCCACGUGUCACAUAUGCCUGAAAACCAAGUUCGCCGACGGCGUCGGCCACAUCUGCAACUACUGCAGCAUCCGGUGCUGCGCACGCUGCGGCGGAAAGGUCACUCUACGGUCGAACAAGGUAAUAUGGGUGUGCAUCCUUUGUCGCAAGAAGCAAGAACUGCUGUCGAAGACCGGACAAUGGAUGACGAAGACGGGCCUGGCAACCGGGGACAACGCGAUGCUGCGACGGAUGCAGGACAUGCAGGUGGGUGGUCCUCCGGGACUCGUGGACCAAACUCAGGAUAAAAGACCGAAACUCGAGAGAGCGCACAGCGCGGCCGAAAAGGAGAAUUUGCCAUUGUUACUAAGGAGCGGAAGUCUGCUCAGAAGACAGUACUCUCAGCAAGAGCAAGGUCCAGGGCGUCGAUUGUCCACCAGCGAUAGCGGGGUGGAUAUGUCCGUAUCGCCUCACGCGAGAAGUUUGCCAACGCCACACGUAGCUCCUUCUCAUCAAAUUCAACAAGCGCCGAGACAUCCGGACGCGUACGCCGAGGAUGACCCGAGUUUGUACAGAGGCGAGAUCGACGGUCUUAUGAAACAGCUCAACUACCAGAGACAACGACCGAUCUAUUCGGAUCAGAAUACGGAUCUCGCGAUGACAUAUGGUCAGCCAACGGUAGAAGCCGGUCCACCACGUAGCGCGGUGCAUCCUCCUCAGCAACAUUCGGUGCAUCAAACGCAGAGCGCGCAUCCCCCACAACCGGUGGGUGGACAGGGUGGUCUUCAGCCUCAAAGAAGCUUCAGCAGCAGCGAGGAAGAACGAAGCACACCCGAGUGUGCCAGCGACGAGCCUGACGAGUCCGAGAAGGGGAAGGGGUACUACCACCAUACGGGAGGUCCGAUGUCAAUGUCCGGCAGUGGACGUAGGCACAACGGACCCCACAACGGGCAUCACAACACGAGUGCGAUGACCAUCGAGUAUAACGGUCAUCAUCCACCGCGAGAGCCGCGAAAAGAAGAAAGCACUCUCGUCAGACGGAGCUUCCGAAGGAGCGGCGACGAAUGGCGCGCCGACAGUCGGAGGUUCACGGAGAGAAGGGGGAAAAAGACAGUGCGAUUUGACGGUGGGACCAAUGUCGGCGGCCCUCAGGAGGAUUGGUCUUGGGAGGCCGAUCGGCAGGGUAGCCAAGACAGCGCGACCAAAGACUCCGGAAUAGACACCUCUAGCACGUUCACGAGCAGUGAGGACAGCAACAGGGGCGACCUGCCCAAGCAUCCGUUAUCCUGGCAAAUGAGCAGAGACGGCCAGAAGAUCAUUGGCCACAUGGUGUUGCGGAAGCAACACGGUUCCGGAAGCAGUAGUAGCAUACUCGGGCUCAAAGUCGUCGGCGGGAAACUGUUGGAAGAUGGCUCCAUGGGCGCCGUCAUCGAGAAGGUCAAGGAGGGGAGCACGGCCGACAUCGAAGGUCAACUGAGACCCGGUGACGAGGUGAUCAAGUGGAAUGGCAGGUCCCUUCAGGGCAAGAGUUUCCAAGAAGUUUACGACAUCAUCGCCGAGUCGAGGCAGGAGCCCCAAGUGGAGCUGAUAGUUUCGCGAAAUUUGUCCACGGCGAGCGGUCCGGUGACGAUGCCCGCAGGACCGACGCCCACGACGCCGAUGAGCACCCGGAGGACCGUCGCACAGACCCAGUGGAGACAAAAACACCCGGAGUCGAUGUCCGGACCGCAACAACCGCAUCACAAAGAAUUAUACGACGCGAGGCGCGAGAAACCUUCGGUUUUAGUGACCUCGCCCGGCUCGCCGGAUCUACACGCUCAGGGACGCGCCAGACAUCUACGCCACCCUUCUGGCAACGCGAACGUGGGUGGUAAUCUUCAGCUGAAGCUGAGUUUCGAUCCUAUGGCGCUUCGAUUGAUCGUCACGUUGAUCUGCGCGGCUGGGCUCACGCCCAGGAGCAACGGACAACCUAGAAAUCCCUACGCCAAGAUCUUCCUGCUUCCGGACAAGAGCGAGAAGUCGAAGAGACGCACCAAAACGUUGGCGAACACGAACGACCCUCGCUGGAACCAGACGUUCGUGUACGAGGGUAUCAGGGGUCCAGAACUUCGGAAAAGGGCGCUGGAGAUCACGGUAUGGGAUUACGGAAAGUACGACACGAACGACUUCCUGGGCGAAGCUGUGCUAGAGUUAGCGACCGCUCGGCUGGACGAGGAACCUGAAUGGCUACCUCUGAUCGGCCACGGUGAACAUCGAUACAUUGGAUUCUAUCAGGAGCCCGAUGACAUGGUGAUAACUCCGGUGGACUGCCAUCUCAGUCCACCGUCGACGACGUCGCGGCUGAGCGACUCUGACACUUCCGAAUGCGAUAUCACGGACUGCGACGUCUCCAGGGAGCAAAGGAGAACAGCUGACGGUGCCAGUAUAAGCAGUAUCGGCAGUUCCUCCAGGUUUCAUAAUAUGCCGUCAAAUUAUAAGCGCCACUAUUCUAGCCCCCCGCCGGAAAGGGAACUGUGCCUCGACGGGGAGCAUCGAAGUCGAAGGGACAUGUCGCCGCAGGGCCGUAAACGAGCCGCCCUUAUGAUACGAGACCAACCAGCAUCUAUUUCUGGUUACCAGCCUUAUCGCAAGGAGGAUAUACAUCGAGGAAUGAUGAGCCACAGGUCGCACAGUGCAGCGCCUAUGGACUCUCCGAGCCUUCGGUACCGAGGAAGGUCUCAAAGUCCCACAGGUCAUCGCUCUCUGUCUCCGCCUGAACACAGAUCCAUGCCCUACUCGCACGGCUACGUGCCACCAAGAUUUGGCUCGAGGUCGGCAACUGCCACACCCACAGGAAGUCCCAAGAAAAGACAGUUACCUCUGAUCCCGGCAGCUUUGAAAGAAAGGGCUGCACAGGACCUCGAGGACAGGGCCAGAUUUAUGAGACACCGUAGCAAGCAGGUGCACACGACGUACAGGGGUACAGGCAUAGGUUGGGAAAGACACUAUAGCGGAUUGUCGGAUUCGGAUCUACCCUCGAUAGAUCACGAUCCGUUAUCUUUGCCGCACAGUCACGGUUAUCGAAUGCACAGACCGCGAAGGGGACAUUUAAGUCCCGACAAAGACGUACUCGGGGAUCUCGGUGACUCUGAUAUAGAGAGUAUAGCCUCCGUGACGAGUAGUGCCUUCAGUACGCAAUCGGAACGACCACGUGGAUCUAGGGGACUAAUACCGACAGUUAAAAACGUUUUAAUACCCGGUGUCAUAUCCCCUAUGCCCCUGCCCCCUAGGCGCAAUAGGCGCAGGCACAGACUUAGGGUACCCUGCAGCGAAUGUCACUGUCCGAACAACAAUCCCACCAAGCCCAGGAGCAACAACCCAAGCAAGCACAAUCCCACCCCGCAUCCCCUCGUACGGAGCAAGUCCGCAGUGGUGCGCUCGUUGUACAGAAAGAUGCGUACGCCGUUCACGAGGUCGCAGACCGUCGACGAGAACAUGCUGAGAUAUUACAGCCCGGAGACCAGCGAGUACAGCGUCUCCGAGGGUUACAUGCUCAAGCCAGAGGAGCUAACCGGUAGCUCCAAGAAUCGUAUACCGGAGAUAUACGUGGAGGAUUGCCUUCAGGUCGACUUCAACGAUCGUCUCAUCGAGAAGUUUCGCGACAGGUACUCGUCGCCGUACCUCCUGGACACGGGUAUGCGUAGACGAUCGCGUAGCUGGCAGGAACGUGCCACGGCCAGAUCGACCAAGCCUAGACAGCACCACCAUCUCUUCUCGAGAGGCUUGCACGAUUUGACGGACGAUCUCGGUAUCAGGAACCUGGACAUUAGCAUACGACCGCGCAGGUCCUUUCUGUUCUCGAAAGCCAGGAGCUUCGACUACGACGUUCUGCACGAUACGUACGCUGAUCGUUACAGUUUUGGAUUGGGCGCUGGUCUGCUGUCUCGUCGCGCCAAGAGUUUCGAGUACGACAAUAUCUCGAGCAACAUAUUCAGCGACGAUAGCUUGAGAACCGCCAGGCGAAAGUUGAAAAGAAACCUGGCCAUCAACGACGCGGGAUACGGCGAUAAGAUACCCGCGCUCGGCGAUCAGAGCAAAUCGUACUUCGACUCGAACGGCGACGACAAGGUACCCAAAAGUGUGCUCAAUCGCGACAAAAAUUACGACUACCUGCUGAAACAGGAUCAUAAACCCUUCUACGGUUACGAUUCGGAGUUCAGCUGCGGAGAGACCGAGAUCUACAUGCCGCGUCAGAACAUCGAUCCGAACCUCGCUCGAAAGACCUACCGCUCGCACGAAUUGACCGGAGAGUACUCUUUCAGCAGCGACGAUCAGAUCGGUCUGAGAAACGUCCUCGGCAGGGAGGAUCCUGCCAAACGGAAGUACAUGGACUCGUCUUUCCACGAGCACGAUUCCGCGUUCGGCAGAGACAUGUCGGAGAAACGAACAAAGAAUCUGGACAGCGACAUCUGCGACUCGACCAACGAUCACAUUUACUGCAGUAUCGACGAAGCUUUGGCCUCGGCGGACGGUUACGGUCGCGAAAGAGACUUGACCUGUUCCCCUAUCCACGCCGAUAUGGAGCGCUACGACAAUCAGAGACCCAGCAGUCGGUCUCGAAGAAGAACGAAAAGCAACGAGUCCUACUUGGAGAACGGCUACGACGGCUACGACUGGGACGUGGAUUACGACGAAGGCUUCGUCGACAGAGGUAAAAUGGAGGACUACGAUCAGAGACUGUACGAUUACGAAGACGAGAAUCUACAGGCGUCGAGGACGGACGCGCCGAUGUACGAGGACGAGUACUACGACCGAAGAGAGGACACGCGAGGAAGUGGUCGCAAAAGGAGAACCUCUAGAUACGCGGACGAGUACUUCGACGACUACAGGGACUACCGUUCCGCCGAGGAGUACGAUUACCAAGCGCACAGUGGUCCAGUGUACAGGGACUACCAAGACAACACGGUACCUCGAAGAAGGCGACGGAGGAGCAGAAGAGAGAGCAGAGAAACGAGCAUCGGCGUGUACGAGAACCUGCAACCGUAUCGAGACACGGUCUGCUCCGGCAAAGACAGUCUUACUGUUCCGAGCUUCACGGAGAGCAAGAGAAUGAUGCUGCAGCGAGCGGAAUCGUCGCCCGUUCUGCGCUCCGACGAGGAAUUAAGCUCCGCGGAGAGAGCGGAAAGAGCCAGACGGCUGUACAGACGCAGAAGGAACAGCAGCUGCCCCGAAGCCAGAGAGAUCCGAUACUACGAUACGCCUCGAAGGAAAGACGAAGAGAGAAGCACGAACUUUAUUCUGGACUCGGACGAGGAGUUCGGUUCGAUGGAGACGGUCGUGUGCGCGGACUGUUUCCGUCAAAAGGGCGAUACGGGUAUGGUUAGCGACGGUAGAGCGGGCGGGUACUACGAUGAGGGACGGGAGAGGGACAGUUGUUACGUAGACUCGAGAUACGACUACGAGGACACUCGAACUCGCGACUAUCCGGAAACUUGCGAACUGGCUAGGUCGGGAUCGUUACGGUCGCAGUAUCGGGGUAGGCGCAAGAGUAGUUGUCCAGAGUGUCGGGAGUUGGCGAUGUCCUCGGAGUUAGGUAGGUCCGGUUCGAUCUCGCGAAAGACCGAGGAUAGGAGGCCGUCGAUAGAGUCGAGGCACACUAGGUACCGUAGACGAAACAGCAGUUGCCCGGAGGCUAGGGACCUCGAGCUGCUCGAGAAGAGGCAGCAGCAGCAGCGUAGCCAGCAACAAGCCCAACAACAACCGAGUCAACAACAGCAGCAGGGUAGUAAGAGGAACGUAGCGAUCAGCGAUACCCUCGAGUACUACGAGUACUCGAUGGAGAGCGAGAGCCAGUGCAGCGAGAACUGCGGAUUUGGCCCGUGCGAUCCGCGUAGGCCCCGUAACCGAGCACCCCACCCCGGUAACGCUAAUUCAAGUCUCUUUGAUUCCCAAACCGCUACCUCCGACACUGCUAAAAACUACCACCCACGGGCCGUCGAUCACCACGAUACCUCACGAAACACGAAAACGUCGACGCGCGACAACCUCGACGAAUCCAACACCGUGGCCCCGUCGUCUACCCCCCUGACGUCGUCCAUUCGACGCCGUUCGCGGAAAAAAUCCGCCCAUGACACCGCCGCUGAACAACGCGACGACGACCCGCGGGAUCGCCGAUCCUCCUCCAUGCCCGAAAGCAGCGAGUACAGCGGACAGUCGAGCUCGUACGAAAAGACCUCCAGGAGUCAGGCGGCAGAUAACGAGCACGACGAACACGCCAAAAGGGGCCAGUUCACUAGGAGUCUUAGCAACACCGAUGCGCCGCAGGACGAGAAAGUUGACGGUAGUUUGAGCGAUACGGCGAUCGGUCUGAACGUUGAAGACUCCUCGAGGAGGGGUCGUAAGAGUUCUCCCGGGAGUAAAAGCGGAAGCGGAAGUAGUAGCGGUGGCGGAAGCGCGGUGCAGUAUCAGUCAGGUCUGGGGAAGAAGAGUAACAGCACCAGUCAACUGUCCGCCACAGAGUGCGGUAUCGGCGGGAUCUUCCUCGGAAGUGGUAGCUCGGAGGCACGUGUCGGUUUAUCGAGCCGGAAACGCAACAGCACCCCGAGCAGCAUACAACGUUCCGAGGAGAUUGUACCCUAUCAACGCUUUGAAUCCGGAAAACAGUCGGGAUCGGUGGCCAGUGACACAGCCGGAAGUCUCAACUCGAUCUCUAGUUCCGAAGGAAGCUCUUGGUCUCCCAGUCUACGAAUGACAGGCGAAACUGGCCAGUUGAGAGACUUCAUUGAAGAUCUGGGUCCUGGACAAGUUGUGGGAAGACAGGCACUGGGUGCUCGUUGUUUGGGAGGGAUCCAGUUGUCGUUGACUCAGAAGAAGGGAUACCUUGAAGUGGAGGUCAUACGUGCCAAAGACCUUAAGCCAAAACAGGGCAGUAAAGCGAUUCCAGCUUCCUACGUGAAAGUUUACCUGGUGAACGGCAAGAAAUGUAUCGCAAAAGCGAAAACGGACGCGGCAAGGAAAACGUUGGACCCAUUUUACCAGCAAUCGUUAUCCUUCAGAGAGAACUGUCGGGGUUGCAUACUGCAGGUGACAGUAUGGGGUGAUUACGGCCGAUUAGAGGGGAAAAAAGUGUUCAUGGGCAUCGCGCAGAUCGUGUUGGACGAACUGAACCUCAAUGAGAUGGUGUUCGGGUGGUACAAGCUGUUCGGCAACAUAUCCCUGGUCAGUGGACCUCCAUCCUUAGCUUUGUCCCGUCGCUCCUCGGCCACGUCCUUAGAGUCCUUUAAAAUCUAAACGAUCCUUCCUCUUUACACUUAACGAAACGUAGUGCAACGUUUUAACUUUAACUCCCGAUGGAAAAAAUAUAUAUAUUUGAGCGCGUUUAUC